ACAGGUGGCCUGUCUGGAUGCUGACCCGGGGCUGGGAGGGAGGCCGGGCGCGGCGGCUGGGCUGCCCUCCAGCUGGGCUGCUGUUGUGUCCCUGAAAUCCUAACGACUGCAAAGCUGCCUGUUCCUGGAAGGGGCUUGCGGCCCUUCAGCUACUGGGGGCCAGCCACACAGCGCUGCCUUGGAGGGAUGCCCUCUGGCAGACUGUCGUCAAAGUUCUCACGAUGUCUGAUGGAGACUACGAUUACCUCAUCAAAUUCUUAGCCCUGGGUGAUUCUGGUGUAGGGAAGACCAGCUUCCUUUACCAGUACACAGAUGGCAAAUUCAAUUCCAAAUUCGUAACGACGGUUGGCAUCGACUUUCGGGAAAAGAGGGUGGUGUACCGAUCAAACGGGCCAGAUGGCAUUAGUGGUCGAGGACAGAGAAUACACCUUCAGCUGUGGGACACUGCUGGCCAAGAAAGGUUUCGCAGCUUGACAACAGCCUUCUUCCGAGAUGCAAUGGGCUUUCUCCUUCUCUUUGAUCUGACCAAUGAGCAAAGCUUCCUCAAUGUCCGAAACUGGAUGAGCCAGAUGCAAACACACGCGUAUUGUGAAAACCCCGAUGUGGUCCUGUGUGGAAAUAAAGGUGACCUGGAAGAGCACAGGAUGGUGAAAGAAGAGGAUGCAAAGGAACUUGCAGAAAAGUAUGGGAUACCUUAUUUUGAAACCAGCGCAGCCAAUGGGACCAAUGUGAGCAAGGCCAUUGAGACGCUCCUGGACCUCAUCAUGAAGCGCAUGGAACGGUGUGUGGACAAGUCCUGGAUCCCAGAAGGGGUGGUGCAAUCCAAUGGGCAGAGCUCCACAGAGCAGCUUAGUGAGGAGAAAGAGAAAAGCAAGUGUAGCUGUUAAUUGCAACAUUUAAAUUAAGAUAUAUUAUAGUGAACCUUACUUUGAUUUAUGGACACUUUCUAUAUAUGUAGAAAUAGAUGUGUGAUGAUGAGCUCUGAUAAGCCUGUGUUUAUUACUGAAUGAUGGGUGCUUUGCAGCCAUUUCCCUUUCAUAGACUAGAGACUGAUUGGCAUUGGACUGAUUACUAGUUUUCAGGAUUUAAGCUGGCUGCCCAACAUCAACUUCCUUUUCUCAUUAGAGGGCCCAAAUUCUCUUGCUGCAGCAACAGAGUUGGGGUGAGCCGAGUUGGCCAGAGAAUGCAACUCUUACCAGUAAUGUUUUGUUCUUUGGAACAUUCUAUGAACCAAUUAAAUUAUGAACAGUUUUGUGAAGUGUUUAUACCAGGAAUGGGGAGCCUGCGCUCCUCUGGGUGUUGCUGGACGCAGUUCUUAUUAAUCCCUGAAAAUGCUGCUGAGGCUUGAUGGAGCUGGAGUCAAACAACAUCUGGAGGGCCAGCAAUUACCUGUCCCUUGUUUUUUGAGACACCAAGAUGGCCAUUGUAGCAGCACCAAAGUCUGCCUUUCCAUGUUAACAUUGCUAGAACAGAUGUGCGAUCCUGCCUAAGUAGAUGAAGAGUAUGAUGCAUGUAUAUGGAUGCAAAAGUGUCACAUGUAAACUUUUUUGUUUUGACAGGAAUAUAGGGCAAGCUAAUGGUUUGAACUAAAUUUCUUGGUUUGGAAAAAUCUCCUUCACAAUUGGACCGAAAAUGUUAUUGACUGUUUUGGUGAUGCCUUCCUUUGUUAAAUCAACACCUCUUGGCUUAUACAUCUCUGAAUGAAUGAAUAAUUUAUUACGGUGCAUAGACCAGCAAAAGUUGCACAAUAAAAAAAACAUUAAAAGAAUAUAAAAUUUAACAAUUAAAACAAUUAAGCCAAAGAUGCUGCCGUAAUCUAUUUUCUUUUUACCAGUCGAAUCUAGACUCAUUUGUUGUUAUUCUGCAGAUUGCUUUUGCUGAUAUAUAAUCAAAUGGUCUAGAUCAGUUUAUUUAUUCUCAGCUAUAAAUACAGAAUCAGUAUUUUGAAUUGGACAUAGAGCACCUUCUGCAUAAACUUAAAGAUGAGAGCAGUACCAAGGAGGCCUUGCACAGUUCAUUUGUUUCAAUGUCACAUGUGCAAAAGGAAAUGCAGAGUUACUGUCUUCUUAUCAUGAAGUGCCACUCAACAUUCUUUUCUGAGCAGUUGGAUUUUCAUCAUACUUUUAAAACAACUUGUCCAAAGUUUAACAGGCCAGAUGUUUUUGUCAGUCUCUUGUGAUGGGCAAAUGCUGGCACGCUUAAGUCCCCCGUUGAUGCGCCUGACAAUACUGGAACCCAAGGACGGCUACAUGGGGUCGAGGUCCCAUCGCACACAAGCAAAACCCCCCAUAGCCAUCCUUCCUGAUCCAUCAGUACUGCUACCAAAUCACCUGUGUUGUUAUAAUGCCCGAGCUUUAAAAGUGACUUGGUGUUUAAGGCACUGAUGAUCUGAGUUAGUAAAAAAAAAAAAAGCUCUCAUGUUUUUGUGAUGUUCUUUGCUGGUUUGUCACCAAGACAUAUACAAAGCCUCAAAAAUUAUUUAUUUAAGCACCCUGGAUAUUUUCUUCACUAGGUGCUGCAGGUCACCUAUCAAAAGCUGUUAUUACCAACAAAUACAGUUCUAAUAUGAAAAUAUGAAUGUAUGAAAAGGGUAGGCACUGCUUCAUAACUGUGAAUGUGCCUACAUCCAGAAGUGCAGUCCAGGAGAUUAAGGGUAACUCAGUUCUGCAGCAGCUUUAACUAACACCACCCACACUCUGCUCGAGAUGAGACAUCUAAAUGCGUGUGUGUGGAUAUGCAAAUGUUGGCUGAAAUGUCUGCCAGUGCACAACUGACUGGAGGCUCAUCACUCAUCACAAGUGCCUUCGAAAGGACCCAGGACUAACAAAAGAACCAGUACGUAAAGUGUGGCAAAGCAGCUUUUUAAAUGAAGGAGAAAUAUAAGUUCACUUCUUGGAGAGAUGUCCUGGAACUCUGCCACUUGUUUGUUUAAUGGGUACGCUAAGGUUAACAUCCAAAGCAGUCCUUGAAAAAUCCAUCUGUUUGUGAUUUGGCAGCCAAAAUGGCAGAGAUAAAUUCCUCUGAGGCUGGAAGUGUGUUUUAGACUUGAUACUAAUGGCUGAAACUGCCAUAUUUUUUUACCUGCAUGCUGCAUGUAUUUAUCAAAUCAUAUAAGAUGCAAAUGUAUAACUGCCAUGAAAAGGUAUCUCUACUAAAAAUGAAUUAUAGCA